UAACACAUUAAAAAGGGAGACAAUGGCAAUAAUCAUACAUGAUACACCUAAACCUAACCAUUUCAUUCCAACACACACACACAUUCUCCGAUCAUAUGGACGAAUCAUGGCGGAUCCGGAUGGGAGCAACCACAACGGCAACGGCAGCAAAGCAGCCUAACAACCUCCCGCCGCGACGGUCGCCGGAGAACACAAACCGGAACAACGGCGGUGACGGUUACGGUUACGAAACCCUAGAUCCUGAGGAUUUUGACGAUGUGUUCGGCGGACCACCGCGGAGCGUGCUUGCUCGGCAGUUCUCCUGUGACUGGAAGCUUUGCGAGGCCUACGAGUCUAGUGUUGAAGAUAUUUUUUGGAAACCGAACCGGUGUACGGAUCGGACGUUGCCGGAGUUUAGGAUACCGGAGAGUAAAGGUUGAAUGAAGAGGAGUUUUACAGUGAUAUAUUUGGUAAUUCAAGGAUGUCGAGGUCGAGAUCUAUAUCGCAGACGAAUUCGAAGUCGAAUUCAUCUUCGAUUUUGAGUUCGGAGGAGUUGAGUCCGUUCCGGCCGGCGGUGGUUGAUAGCGACGACGUCGUUUUCUCUUCUUUUGCCGCCAAGCUCAGUAUACACACAGGUUAUUGGAUACAAAAAGACAGACACUUCAUACUUCAUCAAGCUUCAUGUAUAUGGAGGUGUAAAAGGGUGGGUACGAGAAAAGUUAUUCAUUUGGAGAUAGACAUUUAUUUGGCCUAUUGGCAAUAUAGAUGCAGAGGAAAUAUUUGAGGAGGUAUUGUUUGACAGGAUUGGGCAGCAAACUUUAAGGGCUCGGAUGUUUUCAACCCGCGCAAAAGAUUUAAAUUGAUUGCGUGUAUCUAUACUAUCGUAUAAAGCAUUUCACAAGGGUUCCAACCAAAUUUAAAUAAUUGCAACAUAUUAUGCUUAUAGUACAACAACUCAAUGAAGUUAGUAAAGUGAAUUAGUCUUU